GUUUGAUAUUUGAGACUUCUUAUGUAAAACUUGUGUAGCAAUGAUCGUGCGUGUAUGGGCAUGCAUCCCAUAUACAAUCAAUCUUCUAUUAUCAGAAUAUUAAAUAAUCGUCGUGUUGUACUUGAAUGUAUUUUAUUUAACAAUUGUAUGUGAAAACAUUAUGCCAGCAAAUUUGUACGCUAGAAACAUAGAAUAUCCGUGAUUUGGUGGUUAUCAGUGCAUGGUUCUAAAUAAUCAAACUAAAGAGAAAAACAUUGGACGUGUGCUUUUAACCUGGGUUUUCCUUUUUAGUUAUUUAGUGAUGCCUCAGUGGAAAAGAGCGGUAGAACCAAUGCCUGAGUCGAAAUCCACAUCUGUCGCCAUGGUGGAAUUGAAGUCAAAAGAGAGUGAUGAAACCACUUUGUUGAAAACAGAACCUCAAGACAUUCCUGAAAUUGUAAUUAGUCCAGCAAACAAGAGUUUGUCAUCCAAAACAUCAGAAACAAAACAUACAAAGAAGUCAGAUGCCAAUUCCUCUCCACAGAGAGUAAUUGAUCAUGGAGUUAAAACAGUUCAUGAUGUUUUCAUUGAGAUGUUGGAGCUUGACUCAAGUGGUCUCUUUUGGAAAGAAGUGGCAAGAUGGAUAAAGUAUGAAGAAAAUGUUGAACCGUGUGGGAGUUGGGGUCCGCCAUUUCUUUCCUAUAUUGACUGUGAAAGUAUGUGUCAACUGAGGAAUUGUAUGGAGAAAGGUUUGGUUUUAUUAGGCAGUAUAAACGAUGGCGCUUUCUCAAUAGCUUACACCAUAGCUAAUAUGUUAGUACUUUCUGGUCAUGUUGAUCCUCGUUAUCGCGUGAGACUUCAACAGAUCCUUUCAUCACCUCGCAAGCAUCAUGGUGAAUCUACAUCACAUUUUCGAAAGAAAGUUCAUUAUCGUAGACUCUUUCUCAAGAUAUUUUUAAAAAGGCGAAAGGAAAUGUUUGAGCAUGUAUGGGAAUUAUCUGACGAUAAUGAAGUGCGGAAUCGCUGGGUUCGUUUAUCCAGGAAAGCUCUUGAUCAAUAUCAUGAACAGCAUCCGCAAACCGACGAUAUUAAGGUUAAUGAAAUUGCACAAGUAUGGUGCCCAGAGAAUUAUCUUUUUGAUGAUCACGGUGCUCUAAAAAGCUCAAGUGGCAGUCAAUUGUCAAUAAAACAGACACUCUUUGAUCGUUUAAGCAUUGAAUCUAACGUUUCAGAAGCUUCCUAUCUCGUUGACAUGGAUUACGAUACUGUAAAACAGAGGGGCUUGCCUUUGACCAACGAUCAAGUUAAACUGAGAAAGAUCCUUCACGCUGAUACGAAAGGAAUAGUGAUUCAUCACGCUCCAGUUCACUUUUUAAAAAGAGAUCAAGUUCUGUCAGUUCUUGUCCGUUACCCGGAUGAUAAACAAAUAACGGACUCAUUAGAGGUGCACCUACCAGUGAAAAUUAUAUACAUUCUAUUCACUUCAAAGCACACAAUCCGUUUGGAUGGAUAUCAAAUAUGCCGUACAAUGGGCACACUAUGUCAUAAUAAGGUAUUUAGAAAAGCUUUGUAUCAGGCAAAAACAUUCAGCGAUUUGUCGAAAGCGUUCUCUGUAUUUGUGGAUGGAAGUGUGAUGCUGCCUCCCGGGGAUUGGAAGGCAGAGUUACUUACCCCAAUUGCAGGUGCAAUUGCUGAAAUUACUCGAAAGAAGUACACUCUUAGAAAGUUCAAACACAGAGAUGGAAAAAAACUUUGGCGAAUUGUCCGAAACAGGAUUCAAGUUAUAGCUACGAUGAAAAACAUGCUUCAAAAUAAAGAUUUAAAUAAAAUUAAUGAUGCGAAUGAAGAAGACGAUCACUCUGUGGAAAAGAACGAGAAUGUUGGCUUAUUUCCAACCCGAGGAGAUUGCCCGUUGAAGAAUAAGUUUAGCGAAAUAAGACGAAGAAUACGAGAGAGGCACUUUUCCAAACGAGAAAAAAACUUGGAAAAUGAUGAAAGCUCUAGCAGUGAAAGUGAUGAAGAGAAUGAGGAUGAAUCUAUUGAAGUGCAUCCAUUACAUCCCGAUGGUCGCUGGUUUGGUGGUUUACGACGUGAGAUGGCCAAGCGUUAUCCUUUGUACUUAAGUGAUAUUAAAGAUGGUUUGCAUAUCCAAUGUUUUGCUGCCAUAUUGUAUCUUUCAAUUAGUUUGAUAGCAAUGUGUUUAACAUACGGUCAGGUGAUUGCUAAAUACACUAAAAACUAUAUUGGUUCAUCUGAGAUGUUGCUUGGUACUGCUAUAUCAUGUGUACUUAUGGCUGUUCUUGGCACAGAACCUUUAACGGUUAUUGCUGGUACUGCUGCUAUGUUGAUUUUCGAGAGCUCUACGUAUCAGGUGUCCGAUUCCCUUGGUUUAGAUUUCCUACAAGUUCGUUGGUUUACUGGAUUGUGGAUAUUUCUAUUUCUUGUUCUCAUACUGGCUUUCGAUAAAGCUCAUUGGAUUCACUACUGCACAAGAUUUACUGAGGAAAUCCUUCAUGUUCUUGUUGCCUUGCUGUUCAUGUACGAAGGAAUCAAAAACUUGUCGAAGGUCUUCGAAAAAAACCCACUCCGUAAAAGAUACAUAACUGUUUCAGUCACGAAUUCAACUGAAGUGCUCGUUGGUAAACCCAACACAGCUUUACUUUAUACGAUAAUAAUGUUCGCAACAUUUGGCUUGGCUUUGGGAUUUCGCUUGUUCGAAAAGACUCGCUUUUUUUCACCUCGGAUUCGUCGACUGCUAAAUUUCUUCAGCAUUCCUGUGGCGGUGAACGUUAUGAAUGCUGUAGUAUAUUCUGUUGAUGUUUAUUUAAAAACUGUUGAUGUUCCGGAAAAAUACGAACCUAUCCUUGUGCUACCUGACGGGAAGAAGAUGUCUAAAGGAGAUCUUUCGUACGGUGUUAUAGCUCUAUCUGCUGUUCCUGCUUUAUUGACUGUUAUUCUCCUUUUUAUUGAGAGUGAAGUCACAUUACUCGAAUGUUUUAAGCAAACUCGUGGACGCAAAGGUUCUGGUUUUCACGUCAAUCUUCUGGUCGUUGCUAUAAUGGUGUUGAUAUCUUCAUUUAUGGAUUUACCUUGGAUGUGUAUGGCUGCUGUUGAGACCUCGGUGCAUUUAGACAGCCUGAAGGUUUGGAGUCGUUACGAUGCACCAGGAGUAAAAAGUCACGUGUUAAAAAUACGGGAGCAACGAUUGACUUUAUUUUUCACUGGAAUCUUAACUGGUUUAUCAUCAUUACUUAAUGAUUAUCUGGAUCAAAUUCCUGAAGCUGUAUUUUCUGGGAUGGUUUUAUAUAUGGGUGUUGUGGCCUUGUUUGGAGUUCAAAUGAUCGAGAGAUUUUUCUUGAUGUUUAUGGCUCCAGGACAACAUCCUAACAUUUCAUACUUGAAAAAUGUACCUUUAUCAAAAGUCUAUCUAUUCACUCUCAUUCAAGUUUCUUGUCUAAUCAUGCUUUGGAUUGUUAAAAGUAUCAAAAGUGUAGCACCUUUUUUCCCAUUAUUUAUAUUAGCUAUGGUUCCUUUACGUGCAGUAUUAGGGAGAGUUUUUACUCAGGAAAAUAUUGGACAGCUUGAUAACGAAGAAGAUGAAGAGGGUCGUGGUCCGUUGGAUUGAAGGAUAUCAACGACCUGGACGUAACACCUCCAUAAUAUAUAUAUAUAUACAUUUAGGCCUAGUUUUGACGUAGAACUUUACAUGAACUAAAUGCAUUAAAAAUGAGAUGAACUCCUUCAUUAUCUUUUGUUUUAGAUGCAUUUGGUUCAUGUAAAGUUUAUGUAAAGUUGCACGUCUAAACUAGGCCAUAAUUUUCAUAUAGAAGGUAUCAAAUUGUGGUUGGAAAACGUCUUCACUUCAUCCACUGUUUAUACGUACAUUAUGUUUUUAUGUUUUUAACUUUUGAAUUAGAAAACAGUAUUCAAUUUUGAAAACUCUAAAUUUUUUGAAUUUAUAUAAAACUCAGAUAUUUUAGAGCUUUCAUUAGAUUUCCAAUCUACAUAAACAAAGUAUAAUAAGUCGACAAAGAUAUAUUUAUCAAGAAAACCUUUUGAAUGAUUUCGGUUUUAUCGUUAUAAUUAACCACACUGAACUCUAUACAUGAAAGUUAACUGCAUGCUUGUCUUCUGUAACAUUUUUAUAAUAAACUGAAUGAGAUAGUUUGUAAAA